AUACGCCUGGCCCAGCUGGCUCGGGAAGAUGCUGAAAGAGAAGUGAAGGAAAAGGAGGAAGCUCGGCAGAAGAAGGAACUCCUCCAGAAGAUGGAGAAGGCCCGAAACGAGCCCGUGAAUGACUCCGACAUGGUGGACAAAAUGUUUGGGUUCUUGGGAACGACCAGCUCUUUGCCGGGCCAAGAAGGGCAAGCUCCCAAUGGUUUUGAGGAUCUUGAGCGUGUUUCGAAGGAACUAGAAGAGGAUGACCUGGACACGGCCUUGCCUCUGCCUGAGGAAGAGGAAGAAGACCUGUCGGAGUAUAAAUUUGCAAAGUUUGCUGCCACGUACUUCCAGGGCACGACCACGCAUACCUAUGUACGCCGGCCUCUCAAGCAGCCGCUCCUGUACCACGAGGAUGAAGGAGACCAGCUG